UAUACAUUUUUACCUUCUCUCUCCAUCGCGAGAAAUGCUCGGUGGAGGUGGCGGAGUCGGAGAAGAGGUGGCAGCGGAGGAGGAGCUCUGCUGCGUCUCCCAUGGCUUCUUCCGAUCGGCCUCCCGGAACCCUAGCAGCGUCGCCGUCGUCCACGCCGCCGCAGCCGACUCCGGCGAGCGCCGCGCGCCGCCGCGCCGGCUUUCGUACCCCGGCGACUGUUGCUUCACAUCCGCCGACCUCCUCUCCUCCGUCGCAGCCCUCAGCCGCCGCAUCAGGGCGGUGCUCGAUGGCGGGAGCGAUCCCGACCUCGGCCCAUCCCGAGGUAGUUCUACUGCUGAACCAAUGAUGUCAGCCUUGUCAGCUGAUGAAAACGGUUCGAAUACUGAAACAGAUAGAAUGCCUCAAAUAGUCGGAGUAUAUAGCGACCCUUCCGUCGAAUAUAUCGUUGCAGUGCUUUCAAUUCUCAGGUGCGGUGAGGCAUUUUUGCCAUUAGAUCCGUCGUGGCCGGAGGAGAGAAUACUAUCAAUCGUUACUUCCUCAAAUGCUGCUCUCAUUAUCAAUUGCCGGCCAUUAUGGCGUUUGGAAGGAACAGGGCGAUUAAAUGCGGCCGACUGGCUCGUUGAGAGGUGCAGUUGUUCGAUUAUGCAAUUUGACAUGAAACCUGGUCUUGGGAAACAGUUUGAUCAGCCUGACCUAGCCUGGCCCUGUGAGAACAAAAGGCAGCGGAAAUUUUGUUAUUUGAUGUAUACCUCAGGUUCUACUGGGAAACCCAAGGGUGUGUGUGGCACAGAGAGAGGUCUUCUAAAUCGCUUUUCGUGGAUGCAAGGAUUAAUCACGUUAUGUGCAGAAGAUGUUUUAUUGUUCAAGACAUCCAUAAGCUUCAUUGACCAUCUACAAGAGUUCCUUUCAGCUAUUUUGACUGGUACCAUACUCAUUAUUCCUCCUUUUGAGGAGGUAAAGGCUAACGCUGAAAUUAUAGUCCGUCUUAUUAAGGCGUACGGUAUAUCUAGACUGACCGCUGUUCCCUCAUUGAUACGUAUUUUUCUUCCUUUUCUGGAAAGAUCCUCUUUCAACCCUCUGAAGGUAUUAAUCCUUAGCGGGGAAAUUCUAUCUAUAUCUUUGUGGAGUAGACUGCAUGAGAUCCUGCCUGAUACUACUAUCUUGAAUCUCUAUGGAAGUACUGAGGUAUCAGGUGACUGCACCUUUUUCGAUUGCAGAAACUUACCGAGUAUUUUAGCUGUUGAGCCGCUGAGUAGCGUCCCUAUUGGAAUUCCUAUUUCUAAUUGUGACGUUGUUCUGGUCGGUGAAGCAGAUGAUCAUGAUGAGGGUGAAAUAUAUGUUGGAGGAGCUUGUUUAUUUGCAGGGUACUUUACUGAACUUUUGAAAAGAAAAUCUAUGAUGGAAAAUGCUAAUACAUUGUUCUUCAAGACUGGCGAUUUUGCCAGACGUUUGUCAAGUGGCGAACUUGUUUUUGUCGAAAGGAAAGACCGCUUAAUAAAAAUCAAUGGGCAGCGUGUUGCAUUAGAUGAAAUUGAGGAAAACUUGAGGGAACAUCCAGAAGUAAGUGAUGCGGCUGUAACUUUUCAUGAGAGCAGUGGAAAAUUUCCCCAUCUAAUUGCGUACUUGGUGCUGAAAAUCAAUGAGGAGACUGACGAAGAGCAUAAAGAAUAUAAAGAUUUGAUGACUUCUAUUAGAAGUUGGCUAGUCAGGAAGCUUCCACCGGUGAUGAUUCCUAGCUAUUACUUCCGUAUUCAAUCGCUGCCUGUUUCUUUCUCUGGAAAAAUAGAUUAUGCUAGGUUGUCUAGUUCAGAAUAUAUGCCAAUGCAGCAUACAAUUGAAUUUCAGAGCAAUUCAGCUGAUGAUCAUCUGCAGAUUAUCAAGAAGGUUUUUUCCAAUAUCUUACUAGUUGAGAAAGUUUCAGACCAUGAUGAUUUCUUUGCUAUGGGUGGUAACUCACUUUCUGCUGCUCAAGCUGCUUAUAAGUUGGGAAUUGACAUGAGACUGCUUUAUACCUAUCCCAGCCCAUUCAAACUUCUAAAUGCUAUUUUAGAUAGGAAUGAUCGACUUAAUAGUCCUUUCAACAAUGAUCAGCGUUCUGCGAAAAGAUUGAAAGUAUGUGACAGUAUACUGAACUCUACAGGAGAAAAAAGCCUACAGAUAAUUGCUCCAUGCAAUGCAGAUAAAGCAAUGAAUCACUGGGAGGAAAAUGCUAAAUCUCCUUCAACAUCCUCUUUGGACGUAGACCCUUCCUUGCCACUGGCUUCAGAUGAAACAAAUUUUAGAAGCCAUGAUCAGUGGGUGCUAAAUUUUGAUUUGCCUAAAAUGUGUGCGUUCAGUCGUUGCAAUCAAUUCUUGCAUGGUAGUGAGCACACUAUAGAGGGCGUAAAUAGAACAUGCCUAUCAUUUGAAAUUCCAAGAAACAGAAAAGGUGCGCUGCAAGAACUUUGGAAUGUUUUGCUGAAGUCAUGUGUUGAUGCUUCACCUUUGGCUGUGUUUGUGGAUGGCAAGAUGACCAUAUUUAUUGGAUCUCAUUCGCAUAUUUUUCUAUGCAUUGAUGCUUCCAGUGGCUCUAUAAGAUGGGAGAUCACAUUGGGAGGUCGUAUAGAGGGUUCAGCAGCAAUUACUGGUGAUUUCUCUCAGGUUGUAGUUGGAUGUUAUGAUGGGAAAAUCUACUUCCUCGAGUUUAUGACUGGGAAUAUCUCUUGGACUUUCCAAACAGAUGGAGAGGUUAAAAUGCAGCCAGUUGUGGACAGGCGAAGGGAUAUUAUAUGGUGUGGAUCCCAUGAUCAUCAUUUGUAUGCUUUAAAUUACAAAGAACAUUGUUGCGUUUACAAGGUCUGUUGUGGAGGGAGCAUUUAUGGUUCACCUGCGAUAGAUAUGGUACACAACAUAAUAUAUGCGGCAUCGACAAGUGGUCGUGUGACUGCUAUAUCUUUGAAGGUGCCUCCAUUCAGCGUCAUCUGGAGUUACGAAGCAGGAGCACCAAUCUUUGGUUCUCUUUCUACGGAUUCACUUGGUCAAAAUGUUAUCUGCUGCUUGGUGGAUGGGCAUGUGAUGAUGUUGAAUCCAAGAGGAGCUGUCGUAUGGAAGGCAAAUGUCGGUGGUCCAAUAUUCGCGGGACCUUGUGUAUCAUCCACCCUUGCUCCCCAGGUGUUGGUAUGCUCCCGGAAUGGAAGUGUGUACUCUUUUGAUACAAAAGGAGGGGAUUUGCUUUGGGAAUAUGAGGUUGGAGACCCAAUCAGCUCCUCUGCUUUCGUCGACGAGCAAAUUCAAGUAACAUCAGUAUCCUCCCAAUCAUCUGAGAGAUUCGCGUGCAUUUGCAGCAGCUCGGGAAGCAUUCAUGUGAUUAGGAUCGGUCCUGAUCCCAAUAAAGAGAAAACAGUGCGAGGAUUUGCCGUAAUGGACCUCGCGGGGGAUAUCUUUUCCUCGCCAGUGAUGAUUGGCGGCCGCAUCUUUGUCGGCUGCAGAGACGAUUACCUACACUGCAUUGAAAUUUCUUGCUGAAAACAACAAGAAUCAAGCCGAAGUUCUCCAUGGGUUUUUUUAUCAGAGAAACCGCUUAAUUCCGUGACCUAAGAAUACGUACAUCUGUCCGCAAGAGGAUGGCGAUGCUCGCAAGUAACGGAGAUUUAGUUCCUUAUCUGAACCUUGUUCUGCUGAAACGAACUGCAGGUGUAAUGUUGCGCACUCGCGGCAUCCAUGAUACGACAUUCGUGAUCGAUCGCUUAAUCAAGCGCGUGCGCUUGAAUCGUCGCACUAUAAAUAGUUCUGCAUCGGGGAUGACGAUGUCGAGAUACUCGGGCAUAAAAGUGUAGUAGCUCAUUUAAUGAGAUUAUAUUAUUUAAUGCUAGUGGGCUGGGUCGGAGUUAUAUAAAUUUGAUGUGGUAAAAAUGUUGAAAUGUGUGCAUGUAUGAUAUAAUUAAGGAGGGAAUAUUUUUUCCUGUAACUAUUUUGGUUGUUCUUUGAAGAGAUAUUUAUUUUUA